UAGAAAGAAACUACAAGUCCCAGGAUGCACUACAGGAUGGACGUCGGAUCGAGGACCUCGUGUCUCUGAAGUGGUUGCCCUCGCCUUAUUUGAAUGGGAAUAAUCCCAAUGAAAACUGAUGUUUGUGACCCAGAGCAGAUUCUGGAGCCUUUUGUACGCCUGGGACGGCCCAGCGUGGAGGGGACAGCGUGGUGCCUUUUUGUUCAGGCUUCCCUCAGGGCAGCCUCACCCUUUCCUGGGGCCUCCAGGCGGCAGAAGGACUCUGUUAGUGCGCCUCUAAGAUGGCGACGCCUUUGGCGGUAAAUUCGGCUGCUAGUCUAUGGGGUCCUUACAAAGAUAUUUGGCAUAAAGUGGGAAAUGCUCUUUGGAGGAGACAACCUGAAGCUGUUCACCUUCUUGAUAAGAUUUUGAAGAAACACAAACCUGACUUCAUCUCAUUGUUCAAAAAUCCGCCAAAAAAUGUUCAACAGCAUGAGAAGGUUCAGAAAGCCAGUACAGAGGGAGUCGCCAUUCAGGGUCAACAGGGAACUAGACUUCUUCCUGAACAGCUCAUUAAAGAAGCCUUUAUUCUCAGUGACCUUUUUGAUAUUGGAGAAUUGGCAGCUGUUGAGCUUCUUCUUGCUGGAGAGCAUCAACAGCCACAUUUUCCUGGCCUUACCAGAGGAUUAGUAGCUGUUCUUUUGUACUGGGAUGGAAAGCGAUGCAUUGCGAAUUCCUUGAAAGCCUUGAUACAGUCUAGACGGGGAAAGACAUGGACCCUAGAACUCAGUCCAGAGCUGGCUUCCAUGACAACACGCUUUACAGAUGAGCUGAUGGAGCAAGGAUUGACUUAUAAAGUUCUUACCCUGGUGUCACAGAUUGAUGUGAAUAAUGAGUUUGAGAAACUACAGCGAGAGAGAGGUUUGGGCAGUGAAAAACAUCGCAAAGAGGUUUCUGAUCUCAUUAAGGAGUGCAGGCAGUCUCUUGCAGAAAGCCUUUUUGCCUGGGCUUGCCAGUCACCCUUAGGCAAAGAAGACACUCUCCUCCUCAUUGGACAUUUGGAAAGAGUGACAGUUGAGGCUAAUGGCUCACUGGAUGCAGUGAAUCUGGCUCUUCUUAUGGCGCUUCUAUACUGUUUUGAUAUCAGUUUUAUAGAGCAAAGCACAGAGGAACGAGAUGAUAUGAUUCAUCAACUUCCACUGUUGGCAGAAAAACAGUACAUUGCAACAAUUCACUCUCGUCUUCAGGACUCACAGCUUUGGAAACUGCCUGGGCUCCAAGCCACUGUUAGACUUGCCUGGGCACUGGCAUUGAGGGGAAUAUCCCAGCUACCUGAUGUGACAGCUCUGGCAGAAUUCACAGAGGCAGAUGAAGCAAUGGCAGAACUCGCAAUUGCUGACAACGUUUUCCUGUUCCUCACGGAAUCUGUGGUGGUAUCGGAAUACUUUUAUCAGGAGGAAUUUUAUAUUCGCAGAGUCCAUAAUCUCAUCACAGAUUUCCUUGCACUUAUGCCAAUGAAGGUGAAACAGCUGAGGAAUCGGGCAGAUGAAGAUGCUCGAAUGAUUCACAUGAGUAUGCAGAUGGGUAAUGAACCCCCCAUUUCACUUAGAAGGGACCUGGAACACUUAAUGCUAUUGAUUGGCGAGCUAUAUAAAAAGAACCCUUUUCAUCUGGAGCUUGCUCUAGAAUAUUGGUGUCCCUCAGAGCCUCUUCAGACUCCGACUAUCAUGGGUUCUUAUCUAGGGGUGGCUCAUCAGCGGCCCCCUCAACGCCAGGUUGUCUUGUCAAAGUUUGUUAGGCAAAUGGGUGACCUGUUGCCUCCAACUAUUUAUAUUCCUUAUUUGAAGAUGCUCCAGGGAUUGGCCAAUGGGCCUCAGUGUGCCCACUACUGUUUCAGCCUGCUCAAAGUCAAUGGUAGUAGUCAUGUUGAAAAUAUUCAGGGAGCAGGUGGCAGUCCUGUUUCCUGGGAACAUUUCUUUCACUCCUUGAUGCUUUACCAUGAACACCUUCGGAAGGAUCUUCCAAGUGCAGAUAGCGUCCAGUACCGUCACCUUCCUUCCCGUGGCAUCACCCAGAAGGAACAAGAUGGAUUGAUUGCUUUUUUGCAGCUCACGUCUACCAUCAUUACUUGGAGUGAAAACGCUCGCUUGGCACUCUGUGAACACCCUCAGUGGACCCCUGUUGUGGUGAUUCUGGGACUCCUCCAAUGCAGUAUUCCCCCUGUCCUAAAAGCUGAGCUGCUGAAGACACUCGCAGCUUUUGGAAAAUCUCCUGAAAUUGCUGCUUCCCUCUGGCAGUCAUUGGAAUACACUCAGAUACUGCAGACCGUGAGGAUUCCAAGCCAGAGGCAAGCUAUUGGUAUUGAGGUUGAGCUAAAUGAAAUAGAAUCCCGGUGUGAAGAAUACCCGUUGACUCGGGCCUUUUGCCAGCUUAUUAGUACCCUGGUGGAGAGCUCAUUUCCUUCUAAUUUGGGUGCUGGACUGCGGCCCCCUGGCUUUGACCCUUAUUUGCAGUUCCUUAGAGACUCUGUGUUUCUACGAUUCCGUACGAGAGCUUACCGGAGAGCAGCUGAAAAGUGGGAAGUUGCUGAGGUGGUUUUGGAGGUGUUUUAUAAAUUGCUCAGAGAUUAUGAGCCUCAACUUGAAGAUUUUGUAGACCAGUUUGUGGAACUACAAGGAGAAGAAAUCAUAGCCUAUAAGCCACCUGGAUUUAGUCUGAUGUAUCAUCUGCUGAAUGAGUCACCAAUGUUGGAGCUUGCUCUCAGUUUACUGGAAGAAGGAGUUAAGCAGCUUGACACCUAUGCUCCCUUUCCUGGGAAAAAACACCUGGAGAAAGCAGUACAGCAUUGCCUUGCACUUCUCAAUCUUACUCUGCAAAAGGAAAAUCUUUUUAUGGACCUUCUAAGAGAGAGUCAGCUGGCUCUAAUAGUCUGUCCUUUAGAACAGCUUUUGCAGGGAAUUAAUCCCAGAACUAAGAAGGCAGAUAAUGUGGUAAACAUUGCCAGAUACCUAUAUCAUGGCAAUACUAAUCCAGAAUUGGCUUUUGAAAGUGCCAAGAUCCUCUGUUGUAUCUCUUGCAACUCUAAUAUUCAGAUAAAGUUGGUUGGAGAUUUCACACAUGACCAGAGUAUAAGUCAGAAACUAAUGGCUGGAUUUGUGGAGUGUUUGGAUUGUGAGGAUGCAGAAGAAUUUGUACGUCUGGAAGAGGGAUCAGAACUUGAAAAGAAAUUAGUUGCAAUUCGUCAUGAAACAAGAAUCCACAUCUUGAAUCUUCUCAUUACCUCUCUGGAAUGCAAUCCACCCAAUCUUGCUCUCUACCUGUUGGGCUUUGAAUUGAAGAAACCUGUCAGUACUACAAACCUACAAGAUCCAGGAGUGUUAGGUUGCCCUCGGACAUGCCUUCAUGCCAUCCUAAACAUCUUGGAGAAAGGAACAGAAGGGAGAACAGGCCCAGUGGCAGUGCGAGAAUCUCCUCAACUGGCUGAGCUAUGUUACCAGGUCAUAUAUCAGUUAUGUGCAUGCUCUGAUACAUCUGGUCCUACUAUGAGGUACUUGAGAACCAGCCAGGAUUUCUUAUUUUCCCAGUUGCAGUAUCUACCAUUUUCUAACAAAGAAUAUGAAAUAUCUAUGCUGAACCAGAUGUCAUGGCUUAUGAAAACUGCCUCAAUAGAGCUAAGGGUAACCUCUCUGAAUCGUCAGCGGUCGCAUACCCAGAGGCUCCUACACCUCUUACUGGAUGACAUGCCAGUGAAACCAUACUCGGACGGUGAAGGAGGAAUAGAAGAUGAAAACAGGUCUGUUUCUGGGUUCCUUCACUUUGACACUGCUACAAAAGUACGUCGAAAAAUUCUAAAUAUUCUUGACUCGAUUGACUUCAGUCAGGAGAUCCCUGAGCCUUUGCAGUUGGAUUUUUUUGAUCGGGCCCAGAUUGAACAAGUUAUUGCUAACUGUGAACACAAGAAUUUACGGGGACAGACAGUCUGCAAUGUCAAGCUUCUUCAUAGGGUUCUUGUAGCUGAAGUAAAUGCCCUUCAGGGUAUGGCAGCCAUAGGACAGAGACCUCUACUCAUGGAGGAAAUCAGCACUGUACUUCAGUAUGUGGUAGGAAGAAAUAAAUUGCUGCAGUGUCUUCAUGCAAAACGUCAUGCUCUGGAGUCGUGGAGGCAACUGGUAGAAAUUAUACUGACAGCUUGUCCCCAGGACCUCAUUCAGGCAGAGGAUCGACAACUGAUUAUUCGUGAUAUUUUACAAGAUGUGCAUGAUAAGAUACUGGACGACGAAGCAGCGCAAGAGUUAAUGCCUGUGGUCGCCGGGGCGGUGUUCACACUGACUGCUCACCUAAGCCAGGCCGUCCUCACUGAACAGAAGCAAACAUCAGUCUUGGGACCAGCAGAGGCCCAUUACGCUUUUAUGCUUGAUAGUUCCUUCACCUCACCUCCUCCAGAAGAGAACCCAUUAGUGGGUUUUGCUUCUAUUGGAGAUUCUUCACUUUACAUCAUAUUGAAGAAACUGUUAGACUUCAUUUUGAAGACAGGUGGUGGAUUCCAACGAGUGAGGACUCACUUGUAUGGCUCUCUGCUUUAUUACUUACAGAUUGCCCAGAGACCUGAUGAACCAGACACCUUAGAAGCAGCCAAGAAAACCAUGUGGGAAAGGCUGACAGCCCCUGAAGAUGUAUUUAGCAAAUUACAGCGAGAAAACAUAGCCAUUAUUGAAAGUUAUGGCGCUGCCCUCAUGGAAGUGGUCUGUCGAGAUGCUUGUGAUGGUCAUGAGAUUGGAAGGAUGCUGGCCCUGGCUCUACUUGAUAGGAUUGUCUCCGUGGAUAAACAGCAGCAGUGGCUUUUGUAUCUUUCUAACAGUGGCUACUUGAAGGUCCUCGUAGACAGCUUGGUAGAAGAUGACCGUACUUUGCAGAGCUUACUCACGCCACAGCCUCCCCUUUUAAAAGCACUUUAUACUUAUGAAUCUAAAAUGGCAUUUCUCACAAGAGUAGCAAAGAUACAGCAGGGUGCAUUAGAGCUGCUAAGAUCAGGGGUGAUUGUGAGACUAGCUCAAUGCCAAGUCUAUGACAUGCGCCCAGAAAUGGACCCGCAGAGCAUGUUUGGCAUGAGAGACUCUCCAAUGUUCAUCCCUACCCCGGUGGAUCGCUACCGCCAGAUUCUCCUCCCAGCUCUCCAGCUGUGCCAGGUCAUCCUCACAUCUAGUAUGGCCCAGCACUUGCAGGCAGCAGGGCAGGUAUUGCAGUUUCUUAUUUCACAUUCUGAUACCAUACAAGCAAUUCUGCGCUGUCAGGAUGUUAGUGCUGGGUCUUUGCAGGAAUUGGCUCUGCUGACAGGAAUUAUAAGUAAAGCAGCACUUCCUGGGAUAUUAAGUGAACUCGACGUUGAUGUAAAUGAAGGGUCUCUAAUGGAGCUACAGGGACAUAUUGGAAGAUUCCAGCGCCAGUGCUUAGGACUACUAAGUCGCUUUGGUGGCUCUGACAGACUGCGUCAGUUUAAAUUUCAAGACGAUAAUGUGGAGGGAGAUAAAGUAAGCAAGAAAGAUGAGAUUGAACUGGCUAUGCAGCAGAUUUGUGCCAAUGUAAUGGAAUAUUGCCAGUCUCUCAUGUUACAAAGUUCCCCUACCUUCCAGCAUGCUGUGUGUCUCUUCACUCCUAGCCUUUCAGAAACAGUUAAUAGAGAUGGACCGCGGCAAGAUACCCAAGCUCCAGUGGUUCCAUACUGGCGCCUGCCUGGUUUAGGCAUUAUCAUCUACCUGCUGAAACAGAGUGCUAAUGAUUUCUUCAGCUAUUACGACAGUCAUCGACAGAGUGUCAGCAAGCUACAAAAUGUAGAGCAGCUUCCCCCAGAUGAGAUAAAAGAGUUGUGUCAGUCUGUGAUGCCUGCUGGUGUUGAUAAAAUCUCCACUGCCCAGAAAUAUGUUCUAGCAAGACGGCGCUUGGUGAAGGUGAUCAACAAUCGAGCUAAACUGCUUUCCCUUUGUUCUUUUAUCAUAGAGACCUGCCUAUUUAUUCUUUGGCGCCAUCUGGAGUACUACUUGUUACAUUGCAUGCCCACGGAUUCUCAAGAUUCCUUAUUUGCCUCGAGAACCUUGUUUAAAAGCAGAAGACUGCAAGAUUCCUUCGCCUCAGAAACCAAUCUAGAUUUUAGAAGUGGGCUGGCUAUAGUGAGCCAACAUGAUUUAGACCAGCUGCAGGCUGAUGCAAUCAACGCUUUUGGAGAAUCACUACAGAAGAAACUUCUGGACAUUGAAGGAUUAUAUUCAAAAGUUCGAUCUCGAUACAGUUUCAUACAGGCUCUUGUCAGACGUAUCCGUGGCCUCUUGAGGAUAUCAAGGAACUGAGAGCCCGUGCUUAUGCUCUUCUGUGAGAGAGAUGAAUUGGGAAGAACUGUCUCCGUUUUAUAGAUUAGUUUCUUUCUAAAUUAUGACCAAAAAUAUUUUGCUAUUUCUUUCUUUGUAUAUGGACAUCUUUUCUGUAAACUUCUUUGCCAAGUUCCAUCCUCACUAGUAAAAAAUAAAUACUUUUUAAAAAAAAACAAAACAAA